AUGGCAUCUAAACCAAUCCACUUGAUCCCAACCAAAGACCUCUACGCCCGCUGGGCGAAAGUCUACGACAGCGAUGGCAAUAUCCUCCACCGACCCGUCACAGAAUCCAUCGAUGACGCUCUCCUUCCCUCUCUGCUCACCCAAGCCUUCAGCCUUGUCCCGUCUUCUUUUUCUUUUCCCCUUACCAUCACGGAGCUGGGCGCUGGUACAGGCAGGAAUACCGUCAAGCUAUUGCAACCGCGUGAGGGAGUUGAGAUCGGGAACGUAAUCGCACUAGAUCUAAGUGCCGAAAUGCUUGCAAUAGCAAAAUCCCGCUGUUCUUCUCUCACCUCCACCUCCACUUUAGCUUCAAGCCCUAAAGUAUAUUUCUACGAAUUCGAUGCUCUCCAACCCUCAUCAUUCCCAGAAGUCCAAGCAUUAGAGGGACAGGCGGGAUUAGUACUUAGCACGCUUGUCCUCGAGCAUCUCCCACUCAAAAUAUUCUUCUCGACGAUUAAGAAGUUACUCAAGGAGGGAGGGGUGCUGGUAAUGACAAACAUGCACGCAGAGAUGGGUCGUCUCUCGCGCGCUGGAUUCACAGAUAUAGAUAUGGAGUCGGGGAAUGUGAAAGUGAAAGUGCAGGGUGAUAGUUUUGUGUAUGAAAUUGAAGAAGUGGUGGAGGCUGGGAGGGAAGAGGGGUUUGAGAUGGUGGGCGAGAUGCUGCAAAGAGGGGUUGCGGAAGGGGAUGUGGGGCUUAUGGUGGGGGAGAGGGGGAUGAAGUGGGUUGGUGUUAAGGUUUGGUUUGGUUGUGUGAUGAGGCUCGGAGGGAGGGGGAAGUGA